AUGGUUCCUCGGUGGUGUCAUCCACUAAUCAUUUACAAUGGGGAGGCUACCUGCUAUUCACCCCGUGGAGGAAAUUACCGCAGCAGCCUGGGGACACGCUGUGCGCUCUCCUGCAACCGUGGGUAUCGCUUGAUCGGCCCGAGGUCUGUGCAAUGCUUAAUGAACCGCCACUGGUCGGGGAUUAUCUACUGUAGACAAGUUCGAUGCUACACAUUGCCAGCAUUUCAGCACGGGUCUUACCACUGCUCCAAUGGGGUGAAGAUUGAUUCUCACUGUCACUACACCUGCCAACUGGGGUAUCAACUAGAAGGUGACCGCACCCGUGUGUGCAUGGAAGAAGGGCGCUGGAGCGGUAGUGUGCCAAUUUGUGUAGACACAGAACCUCCUCAAAUCCGGUGUCCGGAUUCUCGAGAGCGAAUAGCAGAGCCUGGCAAACUGACCGCCAGAGUUUACUGGGAUCCACCCCGUGCAAAGGAUUCUGCUGACGGCAUCAUCAAAAAACUGAAACGCCGGGGCCCAGAACCAGGAUCCGAGUUUUCAGAAGGAGAACAUCUUAUUCGCUAUGCUGUCUAUGACCAGGCGCACAAUCGAGCCACGUGCAAAUUUUUGGUGAGGGUUCGAGUGAGUCGCUGUCCCACCUUGAAGGCGCCCGAACAUGGAUAUCUCAGCUGCAGUUCAGCAGGGAACAAUUAUGGUGCCAUCUGUGAAUACCAGUGCAACGGAGGCUUUGAGCUAGAGGGGACCCGUUCACGGGUCUGCCAGUCCAGCCGCCAAUGGUCAGGUUCUCAGGCCAGGUGUACCCCCAUGCAAAUCAAUGUAGACGUCAACUCUGUCGCAGGCCUUUUGGAUCAGUUUUAUGAAAAGCGCAGAUUGCUGGUCGUCUCGGCUCCCGACUCCUCAGACCGCUACUAUAAGAUGCAGAAUGCCAUGUUGCAACAAGCAACUUGUGGGUUGGACAUGCGUCACAUGACCGUGAUUGAACUGGUGGGUUUGCCACCUCGGGACGUGGGGCGGAUCCGGGAGCUCCAACUCUCCGAAAAGAUAGUGGAAGAACUGAGGCAGCUCCUGCACAUCAGUCAUUCUCGCUUCAACGUAGUGUUGAUUGACAAAGACGGCACCGACCGCGACCGCUACAUCCAGCCAGUGACGCCGGAUGAGCUGUUCUCCUACGUGGAUAUGUACCUGCUGAGCACCCAGGAACAGUCACAGCAAGAACAAAACAGGGACAUGUGCGAGUGACAAGGAACUUCCUGGUUGCCUUUGGCCAACAACGUCAACCCAAUGGUCUUGUUUCCCAUUAGCCAAGGUGGUUAGGGGUGAAACCCGAAAAGCAACAGUUGGAUUUCAGUCAAGGUGGCAGCAGAAGUUUCUUUUCUGACCCUGUAAGCAGGAAUGCAGAGCUUUCUCGUGGCCUGGUUAAUAUCUACCAAUGUUGGAGGCACUAUUCCAAAAGAGAUGCUUUCUCAAAUGUACAUUUUUUUUCCCAUAAAGAGAGCACUUAAGACUCUUUUUGCCUGGAUCAUAAUUCUCUUCACCCUUAUAAAGCAGGAAGUUGAUGGGUGGAUGUGGAUGGGUUUGGUCUCCAGUUCCUACCCACCUCAACCCGAGCAUGACCAAGGAUUUCCAGAGUUGCGGUUUAACAUCUAGAGCACUUCAGCGCAAGACCAGCUCUAGCCAAGGAUACCGCUGAGAUAACUGGUGUAGAACAAGAUCUUCUGAUUUGUCCUUCCUGCUCUCUUCUUAGCUUCGCUCUUCUUUGGGGACAUGGUCAAAAGAUAGGGCUCACCAAAAACUAAGUUAGCUUAAUUGCAAACUCACGGACUACCCCGUUUUCACCUACUAUCCUGGUCAAAUAACAAGCCAACAUUCCUGAGUUUUGGGCUCUAUAAUCAGAGAUGAACCAGGGCUAAAAUCACAGGGCUUCCAGUUUCUUUCUAUCCUUCUGUGGUGGGUAAAAUGAGGUCCCAGGUUGUUGGGGGCCCCGCUUAGAGAGGGCUGUAAAGCACUGUGAAGCGGUAUAUAAGUCUAAGUGCUAUUGCUAUUGCUAAAAUAGUCAAGCUUACUAUUAAAAAAUAGGUUUUGCAACGUGGAUAUGAGGUCAGAGAAAGAGACCUUCAAAAAGACAAAAGGGAAACCAUGGAAGCAAAUCUAUCUACAGGUGCCUAUUUUGCUAGGAGAACAUCAAGGCUACAGACAGAAGAAACUCAAUGCAAAAGGGAAGCUCCUUGUAGCUCCACAUUUCCCAGAUGCUUCUCCAUAGCAGCACCAACAACAUAGCAUGGACUCCUCGGAGAUCAGAUUGACCUCUUCCCCUUCCCCUGGUAAUUUUUAGGAAGUUCUGAAAAAGGAGAGCUUUGUAAAAGCACAUUUCAAUAUGCCUCUUCUUAUUUAUUUCUCAUGGCGUGGGAGAUUUGGCUUGUUUGCUGAUUUGAUUUGAUUGUUUUCUGUUCUGACAUUGUAACUGCUGUACAUUGUAAGACUGAAGGUUAAAAAUCAAAUAAAUUCAUUAAUUUGUAAGAGGGCUAGCUUUUAAGAGGGCUGGGAGCCCCAGUGGUGCAGUGGUUAUGUGCAAUAUU